ACCCUCCUUCCGCUCUGCCGGGGAGCCAGGGACAAGGGGGCGCCCAGAAGCUCAGCGGCUGCUGGGGCAUGGCAGGGAGAGGACGUGGCUUCUAGGGAGCCUUUGCAAGAUCCCAGCCCAGCCCCUGAGCGGACCAAUGCCUUGCAGUUAGGGGAAGCAGACAAGGACCCCAAGGAGCUGCCAGUGGGCAAGUACCCCGAGGAGACGAGGAGGUUUGGACCACGGCGCCCUACACCCACACUGUGGUGAAAUAGCUGAAAAAAACUCCUGAGGGAAUCUUCAGGACUGCACAGUGAAGCGUUGUGUGCUGCUCUCAUCAAAGGCAGAUAUAGAUCUAUGUCCUUCUUCCCAGUUCGAUUGUAUGGGAAAUAAAUUUUGUUCUAAAAACUGCUCAUGAAAGGGACAAAGAGGAGCAAAGGGCACAGCCACUGAUUUAUCCUUCAUGGAGGCCACAGGCAACAGCCAGCCGGUGGCACCAAACGGCUGCGGAAAUGGAACAGCAGCAGCCACAGCGUCUCAGUUAGAUGAGGCUAUCAAAAACGGUUCAGUAAAGAGAGUCCGGCAGCUGUUGGAGGAAGGUGCAGAUGUCAAUUCCAAGAUAGAAGGUGGUUGGACACCUCUGCACAGUGCUGUACAGGCUAAUCAGGAGGAGAUCGUUAGCCUUCUGCUGGAGCAGGGUGCUGAUCCACAUGCCAGAAAGGACAACGGUGCCACUCCCUUUAUUAUAGCAGGCAUAGUGGGGAAUGUGAACCUUUUGGAGCUCUUUCUUUCUAAGGGGUCAGAAAUCAAUGAGAAGGAUAACAACGGCUUCACGGCCUUUAUGGAGGCUGCUUGGUAUGGAAGGGAGAAGGCCUUGAAAUUCUUGUAUGAGAAUUUCUCAGAUGAGAAAGAGAGGGAUGUGAAUUUGGGCCGGAUGGUCAGUACACAACAAAGACAAGUGUACAAAGGCGGGGAGACAGCCCUAAUGGAUGCUGCCAGGAAUGGCCACCUCUCAGCUGUGAAAACCCUCGUGAAAGAGAUGAGAGCCAGCGUCCAUGCCUGUGAUAACUUUGGCAGGAACGCUUUGAUCCAUGCUUUACGGCUGCCUCGGAAGAGGAACACCAUACUUAGAGAAAACAAGAAUAUAGAACCGAUCGUCUCCUUUCUGCUGGACUGUGGCGCUGAUGUUACUGGAAGAGAUGAAAAUGGGAAGACUUCGCUCAUCCUGGCAGCAGAGAGGCAAAGUCAGGAUUUGGUGGGAUUGUUACUGAAGACAUGCAAAGUUGAUGUUAACGCCAUGGGCAAUGGUGGCAAAACAGCGCUGAAGGUAGCUGUGGAAAACAACCAUGAGGAAAUAGCCAAGCUGUUAUGUGAGAACGGAGCCAGGGCAGAUGGUUGUGACGUUUUUGCGGCCAAAGAAAACUACAACAAUGAAAUGGUGAUGUUGCUGCUCAAAUACGGUGCCACGGCUACUAAAAGUCAGCCUCCUAAAGAGUGGGCACCCACCAGCAAACGCUGGGGAGAGCAACUACGGCGUCUUCACAGUAUAAAUUCCCCUCAGAUCGGAAAACUCAACAUCAUAUUUGAUGAGUAUUACCGCAUUGAGAGCACCUCUGAAGGAGGCAUCUACCUGGGAUUCCAUGCGGGGAAAGAGGUGGCUGUGAAGAGAUUCCUUCUUGGCAGUGAUAAGGCUAAACAAGAAUCCAUGUGCCUCAGUCACUGCCAUAGAAACAGGCAUAUGGUAAAACUUCAUGAGAUUGAGACUCAUGGCAACUGCCAGCUCUUCUGCCUCUCCCUCUGUGAGAGCAACCUUGAGGAUCAUCUGAGCAAAUCUGCACAGGGAGUGAAUAAUCAUGACAUCCUCAAGACGCUCUUGGAAGCAGUGAGAGAUCUGCACUCUUUGGAAUUAGGCCAUGGGGACCUGCACCCACGUAACAUUUUGAUAGAUGCGGAUGAUAAAGUUCUUCUUGCAGAUUUUGAUGAGAGUAGCAGUUUUGCUGAAGGUCAAAGGGAACUUAUAAUCAAAGAAGACUUGGAGGCACUCGGAAGGUUGGUCCUAUAUGUUGUAACAAGGGGUAAGGUCCCUUUUGAUGGACCUGAUGGAGAGGAUGUGGCUGCAAGAUGUCCAACGGAUUUGCAGGGUCACAUGGAGAUUGAAGAUCUCAUAAGAAGUUUGGUCUCUCCCCAUGGGGGAAAUUCAGUUCAGUUAGGAGACUUGAUUCACCAUCCAUUUUUCUGGACCCAUGAGAGCAGGUUUGAGUUUCUUGUGGAUGUUGGGAAUAAUCCAGACAUUGAAAAACGCAAUUUUGAGAGCCAGAUUGUGAAAGCGUUGAAUUGUAAUAAGGCAACAACUGAGAAGCACUUCUACCAGUGGACUAAGAAGAUUGAUCAAGAUGUCCUGAAAAACAUGAAAAACAAACGCCCCUAUAUAGAUACUGUCAUUGACUUGUUGAGGUUAAUCAGAAAUGUGGGGGCACACUAUGGUGGAAAACCACAAUGGUUCAAGGAAAUAAUCCAGAACCCAUCACAGUAUUUUGUUGACCGGUUUCCAGAUCUGACAUUUUAUGUCUAUGAGCAUUUGCGCCGUGUGGACAGAGAUAGGAAGAUGAACUCAAGAGAAAGAGCAUUCCUAACUUCUCCUCAGGGUAAAGAGAUCAGCAGGGGGACGUGAUGCUCCCAAGAUGGCCUGGCAGCAUCUACGCAGCUUUUCUAAAGGAGGUCCUUCACCACAUCCUCAAAGGCUACAAUCCCAGGUGAGACAUCACUUUGAGUACCGGAAGCUGCCCAGUCCUCUGCUGAUGACAAAAUAAGGCACAAAUGAAGCAACAGGGACACUAUGUGGCCAGGUGGAAGAAAACCUCAAGUCUCUUCCUUGGGAAUUUCCCAGAAAGAGAGGCACCCCAGGGGAGUGGGGUUGGGAAGAGAAACGAAUUUAAAAUAUAUACAUGCUGUGAUGUAUUGCUCUGCUUAUCCACUUCUUUGCGGUGAUUGUAAUCCCAGAAAUAAACUAAAGUAAAUAAA